AUGGAUAAUUUAUACGAGACCACCAAAAAACCGUCUAAUUGUAACGGGUUAUCAGACUCGCCCUCUGAUAGCCCACCAGGACUGGAGCUGAAGAUAGAGAAGAAGAAGAUCAAGGUAGCCAUCGUUGGUGCUGGCAUCUCAGGUUUGCGUGCUGCAUCUGUUCUUGAACGCCACGGCGUCGAAGUCGUGGUAUUGGAGGGUCGUGACCGUAUCGGCGGACGGAUCCACACUACCAGGACGAAAGACGGCAUCCCAAGGGACAUCGGCGCGGCCUGGCUGCAUGAGACCUCACAGAACCGUUUGACAAAGCUGAUUGCCUCACUGAAGCUGGMCUACUACUACGAUGACGGCGCUCCUCUGUACUACACUCAAGAUGGAAGAGCAGGCGCUCAAUUCAAGGCCAAAAAGGUCGCUGACGAGGCAGUCUGUAAUGCGGAGUGGUAUUACGAGACCUUCCCAGACGCUCCGGAUACCAGUGUCACGCAAUACGUGAAUGCAUUCGUUCAGAAACACGAGCUUAUAUCCGAGAGUGACCGUAGCUGGGCUCCGAUGGCGAUUAAGGAAGUCGAACUCUGGAUUGGCACCAGCUGUGAUCUCGCAAGCGCCAAACACCUUUCGUAUUUCAUCUCUGAACGCAACCUCUACAUGAAAGGUGGCUACGAUAACAUCGUCAAGUKGACUGCACAGUCUCUUCGUCCAGACACCAUACACUUGAAUAAGAUCGUCGACCGUAUCUCUUGGAGCUACGAUGGCGUUCAGUCUUGUACAUUGGACUAUCACGACCCCAGUGGAGAAGUGGCCAACCUUGAAGCCGAUGCCGUGAUCUCUACCCUCCCCCUGGGGGUCUUGCGCCACGGAUUGGUCGCGUUCAAUCCUCCACUUCCCACCGACAUGCAGAUCGGUAUAUCCCGAUUCGGCUAUGGAGCUUUAGGCAAGAUCUUCUUCGAGUUCGACGAUGUGUUCUGGUCCAAGGACAACGAUCAGUUUGUAUUCUACCCAUCUCCGCCAGACCUUGAGGAAGAUAUUUAUUCGACUUCUGCGAGCUCCGGCAGUUCCGGUUCCAUCGAAGUAGACAGCAUCUUGAACUAUGCCACGGUUAUCAUCAACUUGUGGAUCGUGACGGGAAGCAAGGAGCUUUGCGUCCAGGUCGCCGAGCCUCUGACACAGCGUAUCGAAGCCAUGACGGACAAGAAGGCAGUCUACAAGUUCUUUGAACCUCUCUUCCGUCUGCUCCGUACCGAGCCAUACAAGGCUCUCCCACGACUGUUGAAUGUAGAGACGACAAAGUGGACUCAAGAUCCGCUCGCUGGCUUUGGCUCUUAUUCCGCAGACAAAGUAGACGAUGAGCCCGAACUCUGGAUGGCAUCCUUGGAGAAACAUAAAGACUCCCGUCUGCAAUUCGCCGGCGAGCAUUGCACUAUGGUCGCCAAUGGCUGUGUUCACGGUGCCUUUGCUACGGGCGAGACUGCCGCAAAGAAUAUCUUGAAGAUCUUCGACAUCGAGUAUGAUGGGGGCGAUAUGGUCAGCAUCAACUGA